UAUACAAGUUUACAACUACAACUCCUCCCGAUUUCUCAACUCUCUCUCUCUCACCCUCUCCCCACGCCGCCGGCAGUGUUCUGGCAAGACCUCCUCACUCUCUUGCACCACCCCAACGACGCCGUAUCAGUGCCGGCGACGUGCCUCUUCGACUCUCCUUCUAUCACCGUCGCACCUAUUAGGUAAUCUCUCUCGUUCUCACCAUCGAGUCCAUCUUUCUCUCUCUCUUUGGUUCCAUUUCCGAAAAAAGAAUAAAAAAACGAAGGGAUCGAACCAACGAUCGAUUCUACUCGCUAGGAAGAGAAGAAGCAGGACAAGCAAACUCCUGAAUUUGUCGCUUAAAAAAAAAAAUCCUUUUUUGAGUUCAACGCGUGGGGGAUUCGAAUAUCUUUACAAUUUAGCUAUGAAUUUGUCAUUUUUGAAGCGCUACACAUAUGAGAUUUACGAUAGAUAUGAUCAAAGAUGUAGGAUUAGCGAGCUUAUGGAUGGAUUUGUAUAGCUACAUUGCAUGGUCUGAUUGUUCAGAAAAAUUUCCAGUUCUUGCUAGCCUAUUUUAUUUUUCUUUGAUGAUAUCGCCGUUUAGGAGUUUUUCAUGAAUCUUGCCAUCUUCUCCUCUCGUUUCAUGAAUCUUGCUAUUGUUUGUGUUUCAAAAGCAAUAAUCUCCAAGAGUAAUAUUCCUACCAGACUCUUUACAACCUCCAAAGAAGUUCAGAAAAAAUCCAAAUCCAGUUACAUUUCUCACGAAACAGCCGUAAGGUUAAUCAAACAUGAAAGAGAUCCUCAACAUGCCCUUGAAUUAUUCAACAUGGUAUCUGAGCAAAAGGGAUUUAAUCACAACAAUGCCACUUAUGCAAGCAUUCUUCAAAAGCUUGCUAAGUCCAAGAAAUUCCAAGCUAUUGAUGGAGUUCUGCAUCAAAUGACAUAUGACACCUGCAAAUUACACGAGGGUAUAUUCCUUGAUCUCAUGAAGCAUUUUUCAAAGUCUUCUAUGCAUGAAAGAGUGCUCGAUAUGUUUUAUGCCAUCCAAUCGAUCGUUCGUCAGAAGCCUUCUCUUAAAGCGAUCAGCACGUGUCUCAAUCUUCUAGUUGAAUCCGAUCGGGUCGAUCUAGCUAAGAAGUUGCUUGUGAAUGCCAGGAGUAGGCUAAACUUAAGACCAAACACUUGCAUUUUCAACAUCUUAGUUAAGCACCAUUGUAGAAAUAGAGAUCUUCAAGCUGCAUUUGAGGUUGUGAAGGAAAUGAAAAGUGCUAGAGUCUCUUAUCCUGAUCUGAUCACUUACUCAACUCUGAUAGGUGGCCUUUGUGAAAGUGGAAAACUUAGAGAAGCCAUUGAACUUUUUGAGGAAAUGGUUUCAAAGGAUAAGAUCUUGCCUGAUGCCUUAACUUACAAUAUUCUGAUCAAUGGUUUUUGUCAAGGAGGGAAAGUUGACCGUGCAAGGAGAAUAGUUGAGUUCAUGAAAAGCAAUGGAUGCAGCCCUAAUGUAUUCAAUUACUCAGUCUUAAUGAAUGGCUUCUGUAAAGAGGGAAGAUUGCAAGAGGCAAAAGAGGUUUUUGAUGAAAUGAAAAGCCUCGGGAUGAAGCCAGAUACAAUCAGCUACACUACUUUAUUGAACUGCCUAUGUAGAACCGGAAGAGUCGAUGAGGCGACAGAGUUACUCCAGCAGAUGAAGGGCAGAGAUUGCAGGGCCGAUACUGUAACAUUGAAUGUGAUGCUUGGAGGGCUAUGCCGAGAAGGUAGGUUUGAAGAGGCUCUUGAUAUGGUGCAGAAGCUUCCUUUUGAGGGUUUCUAUUUAAACAAAGGCAGUUACAGGAUUGUGUUGAAUUUCCUGUCUCAAAAAGGAGAAUUGAAAAGGGCUACUGAGUUGUUGGGUCUGAUGUUAAAUAGGGGGUUUGUACCUCACUAUGCAACUUCAAAUAAUUUGCUGGUUCUUCUUUGUAACAAUGGAAUGGUAAAUGAUGCAGUAGAAUCUUUGUUUGGAUUGUUAGAGAUGGGCUUCAAACCUGAGCCUCGAUCCUGGUUUACUUUGGUUGAUUUGAUCUGCAGGGAGAGAAAAAUGUUGCCUGUAUUUGAAUUGCUUAAUGAGUUGAUCACUGAAGAGUAAUUAAUUGUGAGUUAAGCAUUUACCAUACUUUAAAGCCUCAA